GUCAGAAAAAACAAAAUAAAAAGGUCACAUAUCAAAACUCUAUUUUCCACUUUUUACAACAAUAUCCCAAUUUUAUUUCCCAUUUCUAGGGUUUUUUCCCCUGCUUCUUUCAAACUCCUGAAAAUCCCCAAUAAUCAGUCCAAUUAUGUCGUUUACUAAAUUCUAUACCGUGUAAUGCUAGCUCAAUGAUCUCUAGUUUUUUUUUUUUGUUUAGUUUAGUGCUCUGAUAUGGAGGCCGCGCCCGCAAAAUCGGCUGCAGCCAACGGCGAAGGCGACGGGGGAGUGGCCGCUCCGCUGCCCGCACCGAUGCCGGCGGCGAACGCGCCGCCUCCGUUCCUGGUGAAGACGUACGACAUGGUGGACGACCCCGGCACGGACAAGAUAGUGUCGUGGGGCCCCAACAACAACACAUUCGUCGUGUGGGACUCUGCGGAGUUUGCUAAAGACUUGCUGCCGAAGUACUUCAAGCACAACAAUUUUUCGAGCUUCGUUCGCCAGCUCAACACCUAUCUUACGGAUAUUGAUUUUGAGUUUACGCUUUUAGGGACAGAAUCAGAUAGAUGCAUAGUUACUAAAGGAGAACAUGCGGCACUCACCAGUGAAAAGGCAGGUGCCUUUCGAGUGGGGGCAUUCGAGACAGAGGGUUUCAAAAAGGUCGAUCCCGACCGCUGGGAGUUCGCCAACGAGGGAUUCUUACGCGGGCAGAAGCACCUCCUCAAAGGCAUCACCCGCCGGAAACCCGCUCACGGCCACCACCACCAACCGCCGCCCAACGGCCAGACCUCGGCCGGCCCUUGCGUGGAGGUCGGCAAAUUCGGCCUCGAAGAAGAGGUCGAGCGGCUCAAACGGGACAAAAACGUUCUAAUGCAGGAACUCGUCCGUCUCCGGCAGCAGCAGCAGACGACCGACGGCCAGCUUCAGGCAAUGGUCCAGCGUCUCCAAGGCAUGGAACAACGCCAACAGCAAAUGAUGUCAUUCCUCGCGAAAGCCGUCAACAGCCCGGGCUUCCUGGCCCACUUCAUGCAGCAGCAGCAGCCCGAAAGCGAGGCCCGCCGCAUAAGCGAGGGCAACAAGAAGAGGCGUCUGAAGCCGGACGAAAGUUGCGACGAAAACUCCUCGCCACAUCAGCAGAUCGUCAAGUACCAGCCGAUGAUGAACGAGGCGGCUAAAUCCAUGCUCCGGCAGAUCAUGAAGCUCGACUCCUCCUCCCCGCGGCUCGAGGACAGCCCGCCGCCGCAGCCGGCGGUUUCCGGCGGGUUGACCCUUCAGGAGGUGGUCGUCCGUUCGCCGGAGAUGCUGCCUCCGGCGGCCGGAAUCCACCCGCCGCCGGUGACGGCGGAGGACUCGAUCAUGACGGAGCUUUCGCAGAUGGUGGUGCCGCCGCCGGAUUUCGAUAUUGGUGGGCUUUCGCCGGAUCCUCAUAUGGAGUGGGAUGCGGGGAAUUUAUUGGAUGAAAUACCCGAGCUUCCGGGAGUUAGCGACCCGUUUUGGGAGAAGUUUCUGGAGAGUCCGGUGUGUCCGGAGGAGGAUGUGGCGGCGGAAGCGGCGGCGGAAGGGGAGGAAUUGAGGCCGCCGGAGGAAAAUGGGUGGGACAAGACGACGCAGAAUGUGGCACGGCUGACGGAGCAGAUGGGGAUGCUGACGUCGGAUGCGGAGAAGGUUUGAUUUGUUUGUUUUUUGAAAUUAUCAUGUGGUUUGGUAGGUUUAUGAUGUGUUGUUAGGGUGUAACGUGUCCGUUGGCCUUGGCUAACUUGGGCUAUUUGAAAAAAGUUGGGACAAUUCGUUUGGUGGUGUCUAAGUAAUGUUAUUUAUAUAUGUUUUUGCUUGCACAUAUAAAAGUGUACCACUUUUACACAGCUUGUUUGAAAUUUGUAUGCUUAAUUACCGUUUUGCUCUUCCUUCCGAG